GGAAAAAUGGCGCCGCUAACGGUGGAUAGCAUAAGCAGUUUACCGGACGAAAUCCUCUGCCGCAUUCUCUCUUUACUCUCCACCAAAGAAUCAGUUGCCACAAGCGUCUUAUCCAAACGGUGGACUCAUCUCUGCCACCAUGUUCCCAAUCUUCAAUUCUCAGACAUCACAGUCAACACACUCCCAUCCAUUCUUCUCUUUAACCAGUUUGUUUACUCCCUUUUACUCUCCAGAGACUCCGCCGCCGGUUCUAAUUUCGUCAACACUUUCCGUCUCCACAUUCGAUACGAUACCUUUUAUUUUGCCUAUAAUUUCGGAUUUCCCAAUAUAACCAAAUGGAUCAACUUCGUCGUUCAACCCAAAUUCACACUCAAAAAUCUUAGUCUCCAUUUCAAUGGCUUCAGUGUUGAAGACCUUGAUCAAAUGAACCCACCCAAAUUACCUUUAAGCAUCUUCACGUGCAAAACCCUUGUAAGUCUCAGUCUCCGUUGGUUCAAGGCGGACGGUUAUUCUUUUUCUUCAAAGGGAUGUCAACUUCCUUCGCUCAAGAUCCUUCAUUUGGAGUUACUUUUUUUCUCGGAUUUUCCAGAUUUUCUGUUGCUUCUUGCUGGAUCUCCAUUGCUUGAGGAUUUGUUAGUUUCACAAUUAUACUUCUUAGGCGUCGUGGAAGAUGCCGUGGAAGAUGAUUCUGAUUCACAAGAUUUCAAAAGCUUAUGCCUACCCAAUUUGACUAGAGCAGAUUUGGCUCAAUGUGGUUGUUCAUGGUUUCGGAUUAAUGCGCUUUCUUCCUGUGUGUCUCUCUGCAUGCAAACAUGCAGCUUUUACAUAGAAGACGACGUAGUCUCCAAGAUGAAGCAGUUUCCUGUUUUUCAUAACUUGACCCACUUGAAGCUCCACAAUAAUUGGGAAUUGGCACUAAAGGUGCUCCACCUAUGCCCUAAGCUUCAAAAUCUUCAACUUUAUCAGGACUCACUGGAGGCAAUAUUGAAUGGAGAAAAUAAUCAAGAAAACACGACGGAACCUGAAUUUGUUCCACAAUGCAUUUCAUUAUACCUUAGAACUUGCACUAUUCGGAACUUUUUAGGCCUACAAGGUGAGCUUAAGUUGGCAAAAUAUAUUUUGAAAAAUGGGAAAAAUUUACAAACCAUGUCAAUCUGGGGCAUAUGGGAACUACCUGAAAUAGAAAGAGAGUUGUCUGCGUGCCCGAAGGCCUCUGCAACAUGUGAACUUUCGAUUAUUUAUAACAGAGCUUAGGUAAGUAGUAUAUGUAACUAAAUGUUUCUACUUGUUGUUUCGUUAGCUUUUACUAGGCACUUUCUUGAUUUGGUGGUUUGAACUUUGAACUAUAGGCUAUUAUGAUUUGUGAAGGUCGUGAAUUUGGCUCAACUGCAUAAGUUAAGAAAAAAUCAUCUUUAAAUGAUUUAGUUAGUACUUGUCUACCUGUUUAUUUAUAUAUUUGUUUAUUAAACUUGUUUAUGACUACAAUUACAUCAAUGCUUAUCUAUUUAUUGCCACUUGUAUGCUAAAUCCAGAUUGGUUGCAUAAACACAUAUGAUAAGAGACGCGUCCAGAGAUUAUAUAAGUAGUUGUUUUCUUAUGGGAAUACUUUUGUCUUUUGAUAGAAAAUACUGUUUUUAGUGCUUUAUCAAAUAUCACUUAGUUCUAAAUGAUCUUUUUGAAGAUUUGGUUUUGUUGUCGUAGGUUACCGGAUAGUUAAGGUUUUAUUUUUAUGGACAUUUGGUAAAAGGUUAGAGUUUGAGAAAAGAGAGAUUCAUAACAGAAUUUUGUUAUUCUGUAUAGUAGAAUACUCUUGAUGAUUCUAACUAGUUAAAUGUGAGUCUUUACACAGUGUGAUUAUCUAACUGACUCUCUUGGACUUAUGUGACAACAGUAACUAAUUGUAACAAACAGCAAGGCGUAAAGACUACUAGUGAGUUAUAGUUGCUCCUAACUUCCUCAAAUCUAAGGUGGUUGACCGAGUUUACACUUGUCAAACAUGUUUGUCCCUGUAUGGGAACGCCCUUCUAGAAUUACAUUUAACAUCCCUUUAUGACUUUCUUGAUCAGCGCCUUGGGGUGGUAGCCGGGCUCUGGAACAUUACUGCCACGGCUACUAUCAACCCUAGCCCAAAGAAGGAAAAAAACUGCCUAAAGCAGGUAGUUCAUUGGCCAUACAUAGUGGAGGGGGUGGGGGUCAACCUCUUACAUGUGACUCAAAUCCUCCAACCAACCUUAAUGUAGUUUAUUUAUUACAUUUAUCACACUUUCAGAGUAUCAGCACUUUUAUCAAAUGUACAAUCAAAGACCCAUAUAAGUUGUACCAUGAGAAAAUAUGGUCUAUCCAUGCACUUUAGCUAUGAGCCAUUUUAUAUACCCUUAGGUAGAAGAUGGAGACUCUGAAGAACUAGAUUGAGGUAUAGUUAGUAGAAGAGAACUAGGUUGAUUGGCUUUAUAUGCAUCUUGUUAUUUAGAUUAUGAAUUUGCAAAAUUUACUUGCAGUUUGUUUUGGAACAAUUUGAAAAAUAUUACAUGUGACAUUUGAAAAUAUG